CCUGAUGUUGAGCCCGAGGUAGCUUGGCAGUUGAUGAUGAAAGCGGACAAAGAAAGAGAUCUUGAUGACUUUAAAGGCGUAUGUUCAUUCAGAUCUCUGAAACAGCAAAGCGCAAACCUAACAUACAGUUCUAGGCACUCAAGGCCUACGGUAUGAAGGUUGAAGAUUUCAGCUUUGCUGACAUCGAGAUGGCCCUUCGCGAUGCCGCUCAACACAAAGAGGGCGGUAACAUAUUCUUGAUUGGCCUGGAGCGCGAGAUCCCGAACACUUUCACUCUUGUUGACCUCAAGGGCAACACUGGAAAGAAAUACUCUCUUGGCUUCUACUUCAGUGAAAAGCCACGUCGUCGAAACGCUGGAGAGGGCUGGCCAAAGACACCCGAAGACAACUUGGAACGUCUCAAGGAUGCCGGUUUCCCGAUGGAUGCCCUGGUCAUCAAGUGUGGUCGCUGUGCAGGUAUGCGAUUUCUCAUAUCAAUCACAGCCUUCCACUGACUAUCGUCUACAGAGCUCGGACACAUAGC